UUCCGCGAAGUGUUUUGGGAUUUGCCGUGCUCGUGAUCGGGAUUGUUUGGGUUCCUUCCCGAGCGAAAGGCAACCGUCGUGUGGCCCGACGAAAGCGACAAGUCCAAGAACAGUCCCUGAAAGAUAAGCCGGGGAGUUGGCGACACUUGCUGGUGCCCUGUGUCUGACUGGCGACCAGUUCAGGUUGUUGACCGCCUUUUGUCCGAAGUUGUCUGGGACAGACUACAGCACUCCCGCAUACCCUUGUGAAGAUAAGCGGCCUGGAAGGUGGAUGAAUGGAAUCAUAAGUAAAAUACAAAUUAAUAACUAUCUUUUUAUUAAAAUAGAUUACUUACAUUUAUGUCUUUAUUUACCACAUCUGCCACAUAUCUCUGAGGUUUGUUGUUUUGAAUUUUCCAUUCUCUAGGCUACGCUCAAAUGUAAACCCAAUAAAAAUUAGAGCUAUAAAAAAAAAACCAAAAAUUCCCUUCAUAUUUAUCUGUUUUACUUCACCCACCUGGCCAACCUUUUAUCCAUCCAUUUUCCAAGCCACAUAACGUCACAUGGGUCACAGGAGUGCUGGAGCAUAUCCCAGCUAACUUCGGGUGAUAUGUGGACUACACCCCUGAACUGGUCGGCAGUCAGUCACAAGGCACCUGUCAACACCAUCACUGAGCAGGAAUUGAUUCCACGCGGCCCGCACACAAGUCAGCUUUGUCGCCGGAAGCGCCAUGGAUGAGGAGGAGCAGUUUGUGAACAUUGAUCUGAAUGACGACAAUAUCUGCAGUGUCUGCAAGCUGGAGACCGAUACAGGGACCUUAUCUUUCUGCCAUGUCUGCUUUGAACUCAGCAUUGAAGGUGUUCCUGCUGCCACGCUUUUGCAUUCAAAGUCUCUACGAGGCCACAGAGAUUGCUUUGAGAAAUGUCACCUCAUUGCCAACCAGAAGCUGUCACACUCCAAAGUCUCCCGAAGUGCCUACGAGGGAAUGAAACUGGCCCUCAGCCAAAGACUGAAUCGUAUCAUCCAGUAUGCCCAGAACAAAGACAAUGUCCCUUCCAACGGCCUCUGCCGACGUGGCCCCAGGCUUCUCUGUUACAGCCAACAGAGUGACCGCAAGCUGCUGCCUCAGUCGGAAGCCCAGGUGCCCCGCUACGCUCCCUGCUGGGAACCAGGGAGUGCAACUCGGCUACCCGAAUACACCAUGGAGAUGCUUGAACGCCACACAGCCCAGGAAAUAAGGAUUCUCCAGAACUGCCAUGGGGACGUGUGGUCCAGUGGCGGCAGGAAAGCGCUGAACAUCCGAAAUCCACCAUCAGUGGGUGGGCAGACUGAGCGCAAACAUCAGGGCCACAGCAGAGAUGAAUUGACUAAAAUGUGCGAGGAUGAACUCCAUCACUUGAACAAUGAGCUUCUCUCAAAAAUUCAAAAGGUGUUUGAGGAGCUAACCGCGGCCGUGCAGGAGAAAGACUCGCUGGCGUCCGAGCUGCACGUACGUCAUGUAGCCAUUGAGCAGCUCUUCAAGAACUGUGCCAAGCUGCCCUGGCUGCACAUUAGCAGGGCUGGGGUCAAGACCAGGACCAGCAACAGCGGCAGAGGCCCCGUAGAGUGAGAGUGUGCACACACGACAUGCGUAUCUUUGGGAUACUUUUAUACAUUUACUGCAAUAAGGCUGAGAAAUGGAAUGCCCUCAUUGGCGAGUUCCUGAGGGAACAGCAAUGAGCUCUGCAUUAAGGGCUUGCUUGGCGCUCCUCACACUUGUCGUGAGAAUGCGAGGAUUCGUGUUGGUUUGGAAACAGUUGAUUUUCCCCCAGACUACUCAAAAUCCCAAUUUCUCUCAAUGCACUUGGUUUUAUUUUAUUUAGUAUUAUUUUAUGUAGAUAUUUUUUUUCUUUACUGUUUAAGAUCUUCACACUCAGCAUUGUAAAACCUGCCUUUGAAUUUAUAUUAUCAGUUGUCACUGUGCUUCCUCAACUUAAGUGUCUAGUUUGGUUGCAUUUUUGAAAGCCACACAUGGGCAUUUCAGCUGCCUUUUUUGCUGUCUGUUAUAUGACGUCUACAUGGACAAAAACGCUGUAUGUGACGAUAACACAAUGAUACUGUAUCAUAAAGGACCUUACAUUAUGCAAGAAGAUGAUUUAAGUAUAGUCCUGAACAAAAGCACAGGUGUCCCAAACACAGCCAAAGGAAGAACAGAUAGACUAAGCCUUUACAAAAGAACCUGUCGGGGUAUCCCAUCCAAAUACCUAUUCUCGCAAACUCUGAAAAAAGUAUUGCUUUAGUAUGAGGAAAUGUCAACAAUAUCUAAUUGUCAAACCAAAAGUCCACCCGAACUCUGCCUCACGAUUGAACUUCAUCCACCAUUAACAGAUGUUGCAACACUGAAUUGUUUCAAUUGUACUAAAAUUUUUAACAUAAAUUCCACAGAGUAUUAUUUUCUUAUUUCAACCUACCAAGAGUUUGUCUUUGUGACCUGGUGGUUGACUGGUUAGCAUAUCUGCUUCGUAGUUCUGAGGACAGGGAUUCAAAUCGGCCGGACGGACGCACCCGUGUGGAGUUUCCGUGCCUGCGUGGUUUUUCUCCGGGUACUUCGGUUUCCUCCCACAUACCAAAUGCUUGUCUGGUAAAUUAAUUGAAGAUUUGAAAUUGCCCGUAGGUGUGAAUGUGAGUACAAAUGGUUGUUUGUUUAAAUGUGCCCUCCAAUUGGCUGGCGACAACUCCAGGGUGUACCCUGCCUCGCCCACAGAGCGCUGGGAUAAGCUACAGCACACACCCAACCCUGGUGAGAGUUAAGUAGUAUGGAAAAUGGAUGGAUGGAUGGAAGAGAGCUUUUUUUCCCCAUUUUUGUUCAGGUGAAGUGUUACAAUUGUGAGAGCAUUUUAUAUUUAUUUAAUACAUGAUGCAAUGUUUUGCUUAGUUUAUGAAAUAAAAAUACUCCACAAGAGAGGCAGAUAAUGUACAAGUUGGAUCUAAUACAAAUAUUUGUCUUCUUUGGAGGUCCCUGGGCUGGAGAAUGAGAUUCACGGUUUAAAAUAUUUUUUAAAUGUAUUGCUUUUUCUCUCUCUUCGUAAGAGAUGCCGUUUAUUUGACCCUUUUUGGGGGGUGAGCUCCACUUAAAAUGAAAUUUUUGUGUGUUUUUAAGAUUUAUGAUUUUAAUGUAGCCUGUGUGUCAAAAGUUGGUUUUGGUUUUUGGAUGCUGUGUAUUUUUAUAUCGUGAAGAGAAAAGGCUCUAUCCAUAUCUGCCUUUGUUUAUGGAAAUUCUCAACUGGAGACUCAAGUAUACCCAUUAACUUUUGUUUCCAUUUGACUUUUUUUUGAUCAAAGCUGUGUCAUGAGAUCUGUUUUACUUUCUAUUUAUUUUGUGUGAAUCUGUGCGCAGCGCUUAUGUAGUUUGUGCUUUUUCAUUUU